AUGGAGAAUGGUUUGAUUGCAUCUAAGUGUGUAUGUCCGGUGUGUGGUGAGAAUAUGAAAUUGAUUGAUUUAGGAAACAGAAUCGAUGGAAAGAUCUGGCGUUGUAGAAAGAAAGGAUUGAAUCCACACCACAUUAAACGUUCUGUACGAAAGGGUUCCUGGUUCGAUAAAAGUCAUUUGGAUUUAGGAACAAUUUUGUGCUUAACGUACAUGUGGUUAAACCGAAUGAGGCGUGAAAGUAUUGUGAAUGAUUUAAAUGUUUCACCAAGAACGGUGACUGAUUGGAUGAAUUUUUGUCGAGGAGUAUGUGAAGAUGCUUGUUUGGCUUUUGACGGGAAAAUAGGUGGCGUUGGAAAGAUUGUGGAGAUUGAUGAGAGCAAAUUUGGAAAGAGAAAGUAUAAUAGAGGAAAACGAGUGGAAGGGAAAUGGGUGUUUGGAGGAAUAGUUCGAUACACAAAUGACUGUUUUUUUGAAGUAGUGCCUGAAAGAUCUACAGAGGUAUUACUCGAAAUUAUAAAAAGGCGUAUUCUUCUGGGAAGUACCAUCAUUUCAGACUGUUGGUCAUCGUAUAAGUGUCUUGAAAACGAAGGUUUUCAGCAUUUAACGGUGAACCACAGUCUGACAUUUAAAGACCCGGAAACAGGCGCUCACACCAACUCUAUGGAGGGAACCUGGAGCGCAGUAAAAAGAUCUUUACACGGGACAAACCAUGUAGCCGGAGAAUUUGACGGCUACAUGGCAGAGUAUAUUUGGCGCCGACAGAACAACGUCGUCAUAACAGAAAAAAUACGCCGAUUCUUUAGUGAAAUAUCCAAAUCGUAUCCUGUCGAGGCAACUGCUUAA